AUGUCAUGGCUAUUCUCAUCGACUGCGCCUGCGGAAGGCUCAGCAGCGACAACGACUGGCUCGUCAGCAAGUGAUCUGCUCCAUGUACCGGCAGAGAGGGCACCGGCGGCCGAGCUGUUCGGUCCACUCGUGCCAGAGGACACAGAAUGGCUACAAGGAGGCGGCUUCAUCACAGAGACUCAGAUCUGGUACGGAACAACACCAUCCGGUGGACUGGUCAUGAUCCAGAUCAUCCACUCCGGUGUAGGCAUGUGGUACCCCCAAAUCCAGUUCACCUUCAGAUAUUUCGAUCCUUCUGCUAACCCGCCCAUCAAGAUCUGGAAGUCUGUCAACGUCACCAACUUUGUCGUGCCCGCUCCGGCAGGCACGAACAAGGUCAUCAAGCCUGACAGAAGGAGCUGCAAAUCCGAUCAAUUCAGCAUCACCGUGGAUCCGGACCAACCCAACACAUACAAGAUCGAAGGAACCUACGACAAGGAUGUCCAAGUCUCUCUUGAGUACACGCGCGCAGCCGGCGUGCCCGGCUGGAAGCUCGGCGCCGGACCUCAGGGCGGCAUGACUUACUUUGGCGCGCUCAAGUCUGCAAAACCAACGGGCAGCAAGCUGCCAGACACGACGAGCGGCACGGAUGGCUUUGCCGUGCAUCGCUUCUGGCCGCGUUGUCACGUCAAGGGCAUCGUCAGAACAGGCAAGGAGAUCGCAGAUCUGUCAGGCAGCACGGGCAUGUUUGUGCAUGCCAUCCAGGGCAUGCGCCCUAACCUCGUCGCCGCGCGAUGGAACUUUGCCAACUUUCAGUCACCAGCUUCGAGCGAUCCCGAUCAAUCUGUCUCUCUGACCAUGAUGGAGUUCACCACCACGUCUUAUUAUGGCACUCAAAAAGUCAAUAUUGGUUCUGUCGUCGUCGGCGACAAGCUGAUCGCCGUCACUGCCGGUUCACGCGACGGCAAAGCAGGCUCGAGUGCGACUCACUUGGAAGCCGUCGUCGAUCAGGAGACAUCCUACUCGGUCCCGCAAUCCAUCAGAUUCGAUUGGGCAGGCCCUCUGAUCGACUCGCCAAGCUCGGUUGCGCAGGCAGAGAUCCUGCUGGAACUAGACCCACUCGCUCAGUCCAAGGGCAAGUACGAAGGCAAGGGUUUGAUCGAGAAGGUCGACGUGCUUGCAGAGAUCCCGUAUCUCGUCAAAAAGGUCAUCAAUGUCGUGGCAGGUACUAAGCCUUAUAUCUAUCAAUGGCUCAAUCCCGUCACAGCAAAGAUUACGAUCCCCAGCACGACCGAGACGGGCUCGACAAGGGAGCUCACCGUUGACGGCGUACUGUUCAACGAGGCGACCUGGAUCAGCUGA